CACCGUGACAGACCAGGCAAAACAACAAUUUAUUUUGUUGUGUUCAGGUUCUGUCCAUAGAUCUAUAAUUAUAUUGGCAAAAUUUGAACUUUAAUAAUUUUUAGUUUGUCGAAACCUGACCAAAAAUGGAUAUAAUUAAGAUCAAAGAUGAGUUUUAUACCAAGGAUCAGUGCCAUACGUGUCUCAGCGUCGGUCGUAAAUUAAAACCAAUUGGAGAAUAUAUUGAUAUUUAUAAGAAAAUCGUAUCAGAUUUUUCCCUACAAAGUCAUCAUUUAGGACCAGAUAAUAUGGAUGUCCUUAAAGUUUUACUUUGUUGGGAGUGUGAAUCUAUGCUGAAGAAGGCACAGCAAUUUCGCGAGCAUGUGCAAAAGGCUAAUGAGUUUCUGCGAUUUGGACAGAAAUAUCUUCACAUCACUCUAUCUAAUCUCACAAGUAUACUGCUAAAUGAAACACAACCCAAUAUUAUUUAUAUUAAUGAAGCAGCCAUUAAAACAGAAGAAACACAUGAAACUUUAUCUGAAAUAUAUGAUAAUGACCAUUUUGAUGAUGCACCUGUGAGCAAAGUUAAAACAGAAAGCAUAGUUGAUGCGGCAUCUGAAAUAACUGAUAGCGACCAUAUUAAUUUGCCUACCAAUGAAAUAAAAUUAGAAAAUUUAGUACAGAAACCUAAAAGAAUAAAUAAGUGGGCAGUGAAAAAUGCUCAAAGAAAUAAAAAACCGAAAUUUGAAUUGAUAGAAGAUUACAAAGAAUGCUACAGUACAAUUAAAUUGAGUGGAAAUGAGAUAGCACACUUGGUACAGAUAAACAAAAACAAAUACUCAAAAUUAAAGUAUUGUUGUAGAAAUUGCCUAAAUGGUUUUAACAACCCUAGUUUGUUGGAGAAACACAUUAUGGAAUGUCAAAAGGAUCCAGUCAGAUAUAUCUGUGAUGUAUGUAAAAAAGGAUUUUUAGAUAAGAACAAACUAUCAACACAUAUACAGGGACAUUACUGUAGACACCGAUGCAUCCUGUGUUCCUAUACUUCAUACGAUGAAAGGAAUAUGAAAUCACACGCAGAAAAGGAACAUAAAAUAGCUCUGAAAUGCUUAAAAUGCAGUUUGAUAUUUGUAAAUCGUCGUGAAUUCUUCAAGCAUUACAAGGAGUGGCACGAGAAGUAUACCUGUGAUCACUGCGGGAUCUCCUUCAAGAUGCGGUACUCCAUUGAAGAUCAUAUUAGAAAAGUGCACUCACCAUUUGAAUGCAAGCCUUGUAACAAAAAAUUCGCGCGCUACGGAGGCCUUUGGCGGCACAGGAAGACAAAACAUAGUACAGCCCCAUCUGUCGGCGCGUAUUGCGUCGAAUGCGAUAAGCAUUAUGAGAAUAUAUUCCAGUACAAGAGCCAUUUGAACAACAGCGCACGGCACAGGGGCAAACAUAGGAAACAGAGAUACCCAUGCUUAAGUUGUGAUAAAGUGUUCACGAAAAACAUAUACAUGAGGGACCAUUACAACUUGGUGCAUUUGAAGAUAAUCAGGCACCGGUGUGAAGAAUGCAACAAGAUUUUUGUACGCAACGCAGACUUGAUGAGCCAUAAGCGUCGUGUCCACGAAGGUAUUGCCCCUCCGAGGAACAAGAUUUGCGACAUAUGCGGACGAGGGUUCACGACCCGUAAGAUUCUUACGCACCACGUGCGCACGCACACGGGCGAGCGUCCGCACGCGUGCGCAUGCGGCGCGGCGUUCGCACAGCGCGCCGCGCUCGCUGCGCACGCGCGCGCCUCCGCCCACUAUAUCCCAGUUCGACGAUAGUAUAUAGGCGGCAUUGUAUUGGAGGAUAGCAAAUAAAAAAAUAAUAAUUUUUCUGGAAAAAAAUAUUGAGCUUUUUUUAGAAAUUUCUAUAUUCUACCGCGCUGUAUGUUCGCGAUAAACUCAACUACUGCCCGGAUUUUCAUGAGGUUUUUAACAAUAGAUAAAUUUAUAAUUUAUUAUGUUUUCACCCGAGCGAAUCCGUGACGGGUCGCUAGUAAUAUAUAAUUUGACGUGGAACA